AUGCUCGGCGGCAGUGCUAUGAAGGUGGCUAGAUCCGGCCAUGGGACCUUGAGAUGGUACGACGACGGUAGAGGUCAACGUGGUGGUUCCAGUCACAAUGGGGUGGCUGAUGUGGUGCGGCAGCUAGGGUUCAUGGCGGUGGAGUUGCCACGUCGAUUGCGGGAUCGUAGGAGGAGUAGCUUUGGGCCAUCACGGAUUGAGCCAUCGCGGCGGUUUUGCUCCUCGUACGCUUGCUUCCAACCAUGGUUGUUUGGAAGGCUUCAGUGGAUUGGAAAAUAG